CGAACAAUAGCCCCAACAGCAUCCCCUCGCGCCGCCGCUCCGCGUGCUAUUUGUAAACCCCGCAGCCCACGCCCAGCCGCGGCGGGGUCACAGCCCAGCGGCCGAGGGGGCGCGCAGGCGCAGAGCGCGGCUGGGUGUCCAACAUGGCUGAGGUGCUGCUUCUCCUGCUGGAGCAGGGGGCAGGAUGCUGAGUUCCCCAGCAGCAGCAGCAGCCUCAGUCCUGGCAGGGGCGGUGGGGGCUGAGGCAGGCGCUUCUCAGCCAUGGCUAGGCUGGCUGACUAUUUCAUUGUGGUGGGCUAUGACCAUGAGAAGACAGGCUCAGCAGAAGGUUUGGGGAAAAUAAUUCAGAGGUUUCCUCAGAAGGAUUGGGAUGACACUCCCUUUCCCCAGGGAAUAGAGUUGUUUUGUCAGCCUGGAGGAUGGCAGUUGUCCAGAGACAGAAAGCAGCCUACAUUCUUUGUGGUGGUUUUGACCGAUAUAGACUCAGAACGGCACUACUGUUCAUGCUUAACUUUCUAUGAAGCAGAGAUCAACCUACAGGGAACAAAAGAGACUGAAGGUGAAGAAGAGGAGUCUGGUUUAAUUCAGCCUGCUGAAGUGUUUGCUCCCAAAAGCCUGGUGUUGGUGUCCAGACUAGAUUAUCCAGAAAUUUUCAGGGCUUGCCUUGGCUUGAUCUACACUGUGCAUGUGGACAGCCUAAAUGUGUCCUUGGAGAGUCUCAUUGCAAAUCUCUGUUCAUGCCUUGUCCCUGCGGCUGGAGGCUCUCAGAAAUUGUUUUCAUUGGGAGCAGGAGACAGACAACUGAUACAAACCCCUUUACAUGAAAGCCUUCCUGUUACCAGUACCAGUGUGGCUCUUCUUUUUCAGCAAUUGGGAAUCCAAAAUGUGCUGAGCUUGUUCUGUGCGGUCCUUACAGAAAAUAAGGUUCUCUUUCACUCUGCAAGUUUUCAGAGGCUCAGUGAUGCCUGUAGAGCACUGGAGUCUUUAAUGUUUCCUCUCAAAUAUAGUUAUCCCUAUAUUCCAAUUCUCCCUGCGCAGCUGCUAGAAGUUCUCAGUUCACCAACGCCUUUCAUUAUUGGUGUACAUUCCAUCUUUUGUGCUGACAUUCAUGAGCUUUUGGAUGUAAUUAUAGCAGACCUGGAUGGAGGCACUAUUAAAAUUCCUGAAUGUAUUCAUCUAUCUCAACUCCCAGAGCCACUGCUACAUCAAACUCAAACAGCUCUUUCUUUAGUUUUACACCCUGAUUUGGAAAUGGCAGAUUAUGCAUUCCCUCCACUACGAACGGGUUUAUCACACUCCAAAAUGCUGGAUAAAGAAGUACGAGCAAUUUUCCUGAGAUUGUUCGCACAACUUUUCCAAGGAUACAGGUCAUGCCUUCAGCUGAUCAGAAUUCAUGCUGAACCAGUUAUACAUUUUCACAAGGCGGCCUUUUUGGGCCAGCGAGGCUUGAUUGAGAAUGACUUUCUCACCAAAAUUCUCAAUGGAAUGGCAUUUGCUGGUUUUGUAUCUGAGAGAGGUCCUCCCUACAGAUCCUGUGAUCUCUUUGAUGAGUUGGUAGCUUUUGAAGUGGAAAGAAUUAAAGCUGAGGAAGGUAAUCCACCAAAAAUGAUGAAGCACGUCAGAGAGCUUGCAGAACAGCUGUUCAAAAAUGAGAAUCCAAAUCCUCACAUGGCAUUUCAGAAAGUUCCACGGCCCACGGAGGGAUCCCAUUUACGAGUUCAUAUCCUUCCUUUCCCCAAAAUUAAUGACAGCCGGGUUCAGGAACUAAUUCAAGAAGGCCUGGCUAAGAACCAAAGUGCACCACCUGCUACUCGGGUAGAAAAAAAGUGUGUGGUUCCUGCUGGUCCACCUGUUGUUUCCAUAAUGGAAAAGGCCAGUACAGUUUUCAACAGUGCACAGAGGCUGGAAGUUGUUAGAAACUGCAUCUCAUUCAUAUUUGAAAAUAAAAAUUUGGAGACUGAAAAGACCCUGCCCGCUGCAUUGAGGGCGCUAAAAGGAAAGGCAGCUCGACAGUGCCUCACACAGGAGCUAAGCCUGCAUGUUCAGCAAAAUCGGGCAAUACUGGAUCACCAGCAGUUUGAUUACAUAGUGCGGAUGAUGAACUGUACUUUACAGGAUUGUUCAACUUCAGAAGAAUACAGCAUUGCUGCAGCAUUACUGCCCCUGACAACUGCAUUCUACAGAAAACUGGCACCUGGAGUUAGUCAGUUUGCUUACACCUGUGUACAAGACCACUCUAUAUGGACUAACCAACAGUUUUGGGAAACCACAUUUUAUAGUGAUGUGCAAAAUCAAGUUCGUUCCCUCUAUCUCACAGCUAGGGAAGACAAUCAUACAAUACGUUUGAAGCAAAAGGAGAAAAAUUCUGUAGGUCUGGACCAGGAAAAAACAGCCAUGGACCUGGCUGCUGAGCAGUUGCGUUUAUGGCCAACACUCAAUAAAGAAACUCAGCAGGAGCUGAUACAGAAUGAGGAAAGUACAGUUUUCAGUCAGGCAAUUCAUUUUGCUAACCUCAUGGUCUACCUGCUAGUGCCACUGGACACAAGUAAAAACAAACUAUUGAGAACAUCAGCUACAGGAGACUGGGAGAGUGGAAGCAACAGCAUUGUCACAAAUAGUAUUGCCGGCAGUGUUGCAGAGAGCUAUGACACCGAAAGUGGGUUUGAAGACUCUGAGAACAAUGAUAUUGCAAAUGCAGUUGUGCGCUUCAUCACCAGGUUUAUAGACAAAGUAUGUACAGAGAGUGGAGUUACACAGGAUCACAUCAAGAGCCUUCAUUGCAUGAUACCAGGGAUUGUAGCAAUGCACAUUGAGACUCUGGAGGCCGUCCAUCGAGAGAGUAGAAGACUACCACCAAUACAGAAGCCUAAGAUUCUGCGACCAGCUUUGCUGCCAGGAGAAGAGUUUGUGUGUGAAGGUCUCCGUGUGCUGCUGGAUCCUGACGGGAGAGAGGAAGCAACAGGAGGAUUGCUUGGAGGUCCCCACAUUCUCCCAGCAGAAGGAGCCUUGUUCCUUACCACAUACAGAAUUAUAUUUAAAGGCACUCCUCAUGAUCAAUUAGCUGGAGAACAGACAGUGAUCCGGAGCUUUCCCAUUGCAUCUGUUAUGAAGGAGAAGAAGAUUACUAUACAGAACCAGCUGCAACAGAAUAUGCAGGAAGGACUGCAGAUCACCUCAGCAUCAUUUCAGUUAAUUAAAGUAGCAUUUGAUGAGGAAGUGAGUCCUGAAGUGGUAGAAAUAUUUAGGAAACAGCUAAUGAAGUUCCGUUAUCCCCAGUCCAUCUUUAGCAUCUUUGCUUUUGCAGCUGGGCAAACUGCACCGCAGAUAAUCUUGCCAAAGCAAAAAGAAAAGAACACUUCCUUUCGCACCUUCUCAAAAACAAUUGUGAAAGGAGCCAAACGUGCAGGGAAGAUGACAAUUGGUCGUCAAUAUUUAUUAAAGAAGAAGACAGGCACAAUAGUGGAAGAAAGAGGGAAUCGUCCAGGCUGGAAUGAAGAUGAUGACAUCUCUGUUUCAGAUGACAGUGAAUUGCACACAAGUGGUACUUUGAAAGCCUCAGAAAAGUCAACAAUGGAGCAGUUAGUAGAGAGAGCCUGUUUUAGAGACUAUCAGCGUUUGGGACUGGGGACCAUCAGUAGUAGCUCUUCUCGCUCCAAAACAGAAUACUUCCGAAUAACUGCAUUGAACAGGAUGUAUUCACUUUGUAGAAGCUAUCCUGGACUUUUGGUAGUACCUCAGUCUGUGCAGGACAGCAGUUUGCAGAGGGUAGCUCGUUGUUAUCGUCACAAUCGCCUGCCAGUUGUCUGCUGGAAAAACUCAAAAAUCAGUACUCUGCUGCUAAGAGCUGGGAGCUUCCAUGGAAAGGGAGUUGUUGGCCUCUUCAAAUCUCAAAACACACAUACUGCAGUUCCUCCUAAUUUAGAAUCUUCAAGCAGCAUAGAACAGGAGAAAUAUCUGCAAGCCUUACUAAAUGCAAUUUCCAUCCACUGUAAAAUGAAUGGCAGUAAUACUCUUACUGUAAGACCAACAAUUGCUUUGUCUCCAGGCACUGAAAGGAGGGCUUCAAGAAUGUCCACUGUGGUUAAGCAGGUAGUGCCAGGACAUUUGGAUGUAAAUCUAUCCAAUAGCUUUGCUCGAGGAGUGCUUGGGUACAGAGAUAAAUGUUUCACUCAGUCAAAUUCCAAAUCAGCAGCUAAGGGAAGAGUCCAUCAAGGUGUAUGGGCAAGUCUUCGUUCUAGCAAUCGAUUUAUCAGCACUCAGGCGCCAUUCAUUGAUGUCGGUGCAAGACUAGCAGGGAAAGAUAACCCAGCGUCAUACAGUAACAGUUCAUUUUUGCAAAACCAGCUUCUGAAACGCCAAGCUGCCCUCUACAUAUUCGGAGAAAAAUCUCAGUUAAGGGGCUUCAAACUUGAUUUUGCUUUGAAUUGUGAAUUUGUGGCUGUUGAGUUCAGUGACAUCCGACAGGUGAAAACUAGUUUUAAAAAGAUGAUGAGGGUUUGUGUUCCCAGUACUAUUCCUACAGAUUCUGAAGUAACAUUCCUUAAGGCACUUGGUGAAUCAGAGUGGUUCCCACAGCUUCACAGGAUAAUGCAAUUGGGUGUGGUGAUAUCAGAGCUCCUUGAGAAUGGUUCUUCAGUUAUGGUUUGUUUGGAAGAUGGUUGGGAUAUUACUGCACAGGUGGUGUCUCUGGUGCAAUUACUCAGUGAUCCAUUCUACAGGACGCUUGAAGGCUUCCAAAUGUUAGUGGAAAAAGAAUGGCUCUCUUUUGGUCAUAAGUUCAAUCAGCGUAGUAAUGUGACCCUCAAUUGUCAGGGUAGUGGAUUUGCUCCCAUUUUCUUACAGUUCCUGGACUGUGUGCAUCAGAUUCACAACCAGUAUCCAACAGAGUUUGAAUUCAAUCAGUAUUUCCUGAAGUUCUUAGCUUUCCACUACGUUUCAAAUAGAUUUAAAACAUUUCUUCUGGAUUCAGACUAUGAAAGACUAGAACAUGGGACAUUGUUUGAAGAUAAAGGAGACAGACAUGCCAAAAAGGGAAUCUGUAUUUGGGAAUGUAUUGAAAAAAUGCACAAAAGGAGCCCCAUUUUCUUCAAUUACCUAUAUGCACCUGUUGAAACAGAGGCAUUAAAACCAAGUGUAAAUAUGUCCAGCCUGAAAACGUGGGAUUACUAUAUGGAAGAGACCUUGGCCACAGGUCCUUCCUAUGAUUGGACCAUGGUUACUGCAAAAUGCAACACUUCAGAGGAAGUUGACCAAAUGGAUGGUUCAUUUCCCCAGAGUAAGAGGAAAAUAGUGUGGCCAUGCUAUGAUGAUGUUAGCAAAGUGCAACCUGAUGCAAUCACGAGCCUCUUAAAUGAAAUCGAAAGACUGGAGAAUAAAUUAAAUCAGAGCCCAGAAAGGUGGCAGCUCCUGUGGGAAAGGGUCACUGUGAAUCUUAAAGAUGACACAAGACAAGACAAUCCACGAAGACAUCCUUCUGGCUCAUCAGGGAUAAUGUCUCCUAAUCCACAUUCCUAUCAGAAGAGGUCUUUCCUGCACUUACCUGACAGUGGUCUGGGUGAAGAGCAAAGUGCCAGCAUCUCUCCCUCUAAUGGAGUGAACAGACGAGCAACCACACUAUACAAUCAGUUCACGUCAAAGAAUGAUGAGAAUAGGUCUUUUGAAGGUACACUUUACAAAAGAGGAGCUUUGUUAAAAGGUUGGAAACCUCGCUGGUUUGUACUGGAUGUGACAAAACACCAGCUGAGGUAUUAUGAUUCUGGUGAGGACACAAGCUGCAAGGGACACAUUGAUCUUGCAGAAGUCGAAACAGUGACUCCUGCAUCUCCAACAAUUGGCGCACCAAAGCAUGCUAGUGACAAAGCAUUCUUUGAUCUGAAGACAAGUAAACGUGUGUAUAAUUUCUGUGCCCAAGAUGCACAGAGUGCACAGCAAUGGAUGGACAGGAUCCAGAGCUGUAUUUCAGAUGCAUAACAGAGACUACCAUUCCACUCCCAACUGCAGAAAAGAAAUGCUUUCAGCAGUUCAUGUUGCAAGAAGAUACAUUUUGAAAUGCUAUUACAGAACAAGCAACCUUCCUUUCGUUUCAGUCAUAAAUACUCAUUAUAUGCUGAAGCAUCUUCUCUGUUGAAGUAUUAUAACCACUAUAACUACUCCUUUUCUCCUGAUAGGAGAACUUUUCAAAUUAGUAAUCUGUUUAGCCUGAAAUAUAACUCUUUUCAAUAUGAUUCCUAGCUAAAUAAGCCUGCUGUACACGCUGAAAUAUGCUACCCUCUAAUACUGUUUUUCUAAUCAGAGUUGCAUCAGAAAAACUGUCUAGCUAGAAUUGUGGACAUUUUUCCUCAAAUAGUGUUCUGUUUUCAUCGAGUUUUAAUAUUUAAACAAAGUGGUCCAAAUUUUCAAGCUAGUUGUGGAAGAACAUUUCUACAGUUUCUAAGAAAAGUUUAGGUUUGUGAAUUCAGUGACAUGCAUAGCAGAUUGGCAAAUGUCACUUAAUAUUUUUAAAGACCAAAAAACAAAACCUUAAUUUUCAAAAAAAGGUUUCUUCUCAAAUCUACUAGCUGCUCUCUAACCUCUUGCUCUAAAUCAUGCUUCUGCAAUUUUACAGUUAAUGUAUGGCAUUUCAAGUUCCCACUGUUUAGCUAAAGAAUAUGCUUUUUGGGUAUUCUGUUUGCCCAUUAUAAUAGGAUAAUGGAAAGAAAACUGGCUGAUAAUAACAAGAAGAAACUGGUCCCAAAUUAAGACAUCUAUAGGAGAAAAAUCUCUGAGUAUGAAAAGUUGUAUAUGUUUAUUUAUGUUCUGUUCUGCUCACUGUAAAGUUAAAAAUAACAAACACAAUGAUAAAUGCACUAAACAAUAAAGCAAACACUUGCACUGAAAUAGUUGAAAUGCAGACAUUUUGCGGGACAGAGGUAAGUUAUUUAUAGCAGAACAAUGCUAGCUAGAUAACCUUUACAGAUACUAAAUAUGUACAUAAUUUGGUUUGAUGUGAUUUGAUACUUUAAAAACAUUUUUGCACAUAAAUUGGAAGACUGUUUUAGAUUUUUACAUUUAGUAACAUUGUGUUUGUUCAUCUUAAAAUCUUUGAGGAAUGUUGUUGAGUUAUUUUUAUAUAUAGCCCAAAAUUACUAGAGGUUUUAUUUGCUACAGUUUGUGAUGACAUGGAGUGGAGUCUUUAGAUAAAAAACAUUGUGAGGUUUUUUUAAUGUUAAUAUGUUAAAUAUCCAACUAAUAUUUCAUAGAGUUUGUAUAUAUGAUUUGGUAUUUUCUGAUUUUUUCCAGGCAUUCUUCUUAUAAUUGUUAAUAUCAGACUAACCUAACUGACUUCAUUUAUAGGAUUUCAAUUAUUAAAUAGUUUGUCCCCUUUUUUUAACCACUUUUCAUUUUUUUGACUAAAUAAUAUUCAAUUUCACACUGCACACAGAAUAGGAAAUGCAGCUGUUUUAUUACAUAUGGAAUUUUUUUAAAGGAAUGAAGGACCUUUUUUUUUUUAGCAUUUUCAAUUGAUAAAUCUCCACCUGUGAAAAUGGUGUUUGCACAUUUGUAUUUUUCUGUGUAUAUGAAGUACUUUUAUAUGUACUUUGUAAAAUACUGAUCCCACUGUUUUUAAGGUCAUUUGAAAAUGUACACAACACAUCUUAUUUUGUAACUAGGUUAUUUUAACUAUUUUAUGUAUGUUACAUGACUUAUGUAUGCUAACCAUCUUGUAAUAAAUACACUUUUUAAAAAAAAAAUCCUUCCUUUACUGUGAAAAGAUGAUAUCGGUGUAGUGCAAUACUCACAGAAUAAAGAUCUUAUUAUAUCUUGUACCAUAACACAAAAUCUCAAAUUACCUGGUAUUAAAAUGAGUGGGUAUUUGUGUAUACUUGUAUAUAUUCCUAUACAAAAAAUGCACAUUGAGAAACCUUAGCUAAAAGUUAAACAUCUAUCAGCAAAAAUGCUAUAAACCAAAGAAAUUUGAAUUUCAAGCAACAGUAUCAUCCAUAAUUCAGUAUCAAUUUACAUUCCUUUCCCAGAGACCAAAUACAUAAUUAUUGCACUUAGUCAUUAAAUAUUAGCAUUAAGUAUAAAGAAACCAGAACCUUCACUGCACAGUUUCUCAACACAACUCUGCCAUAUGUCAAAGCCAUAUAUCUUACUUAUUUAUACAAUUUUAUAUUUAAAUUAACUAGUUUAUAAGAAAUUAAAUGGUCAGAGUUGAAAAUGUGCAUCUGAAUUUGGUCCUUAUUUACUGUAUGCAUAUGUAUUUGUGCAGGAGUUGGAAUGGAAAAGGAGUGUUAUAGAGGUGAGCAGUCAGUGACUCUAGUUGGGUAUUGUGAAGCUUGGGUGGUAAGGUUUGUAAAUUGAGUUUGGUGUGGCUAUUAAGGUUUCUUAAAGUGUUGAUCUCCAUUUUUAGCAUCUGCAUCGAUGGAAAAUGCACUUAAAUCAAAAAAUUCUAAAUAAAACACACUAAGUUUUAAGUAUAAAUGUCAAAGUUUAAUGUUGGAUGUGGAUAAAGGAGAGGGCAUGAAGGGUGGUAGGCAUGGGAGUAUAGAAGAGGCAGGGUCAACGGAUGUUGGUUGAUGGGACAGAGGCCAUGAGAUUGUUGGCCUCAGCAAGAGUCAAGAAAGAGAGGAGCUGGGGGUGGGGGCAGGAUAGCUAUGGUGGUGUUGAUGUAGCAUAAGAUUUAGGAGCCAUGGAGCUGGUGGAGGUUAGCAACAGAGAUGAGUAGGCAAAAGGGAGUGUUGAGACACAGUGACACAGGCUAUAGAAGUCUCUCCCCACAGUGGGCAGAACUUCCCUUUGCUGAGAGAAUCCCUGACUCUUCUGUGGGGAUUUCCAGCACAGAGAAACCCACCCCGGCAAGAGGAGAGUUCACAGCACUUUCCUAUGGAAGACCACCUCCUCUGUCAUGCAGUGUCAGUUCUCCCCUGCUACCAACUAUAAGAGCCCUGCCUGUUGGAGAAGGGAGACAUAUUAUCAAGGGUCAUAUUUAAAGUGCAGGGGGUAGCUUGCCCUCACUUCUUCUCUACU